GACUUCUGUAAACGACUAAAGAAACUCCAAGUGCUGGAGUGCUCCUCCUCCUCAUCACCAUCGCACAGGGCGCAUCUGCAAGCUGCACAUCAGAACGAUAUGCGUUUACACCGACACGCUGAAACUUAGCUCCUCUGCUCACUGGAUGCUCUUUGAAUAGAAAUGAAGGAUUUUUAAGUGAGAGACAAGUGGCAAACCCUGCUCAUUUGAAUAUUUGCUUUGCCACAUUAAAUCUCCUUUAACUGAGUUGAUAAUGGGAUUACGCAUAUUUGACGUGCCAUUUUACGCAUAUGCUUGCGUCUAUUUAUUAGUUUUCAUCCUGCAAGCUGCCCAGUCUCAAAAGAAUCCGACAACGCAGCAAGAACAUAACCAAAGAGCGGCUCUGCGGCAGACGCUACAGUGGUCACACAACGGCAAGAUCUUUAGCAUUUUAAGCCAGGGCUCGGAGUAUCAGCCACCGAGGCGGAGGGGCGCUCCUCAGGAGCAAGUGCAAGCGCUACCUGUCGCCAUCAGACAUGAUGCGGACACCCAGAGCCAGCCGGCGGGCCAGCAGCAACAGCAGCCUCCCCGAGCAGCUUCUAACCUGCACAGCCCCCGCGGCCACCCGCUUCCGCUUCAAAGGCUCUUGAGAGGGCGCGAGCACCGCCAGCAUCUCCAUGACCGGCCCGGUGAGCGCACGGGGACGCAGAGGAGCAACAGGGCCAACGACACCCAGGAAAGGGCCACUGGCAGUCCGCCUUUGCCCAGGAGAGAAGACAUGAUGGUUGGCGACGAUCCCUACGACCCGUACAAGUCCAUUGAUAAUGAGAAUCCGUAUUACAAUUAUUAUGACGUUUACGAGAGACCAAGGCCUAGAGCCAGACCCGGAUAUGGCACAAGUUAUCAUCAGUACGGUCUUCCUGAUCUUGUACCUGACCCAUAUUACAUUCAAGCCUCUGCUUAUGCACAGAGAGUCCCGAUGUACAACCUGAGAUGUGCAGCUGAGGAAAAUUGUCUGUCAAGCUCAGCCCACUCAGCCAGAGAUUACGACUCUCGUAUGCUGCUGAGGUUCCCUCAGAGAGUCAAGAACCAGGGGACGGCUGACUUCCUCCCCAACAGGCCACGCUACGCCUGGGAGUGGCACAGCUGUCAUCAGCACUACCACAGCAUGGAUGAGUUCAGCCACUACGACCUGCUGGAUGCCCAAACUCAGCGGUCGGUGGCCGAGGGACACAAGGCCAGCUUCUGCUUGGAGGACACUUCCUGUGACUAUGGAUACUACAGGCGGUAUGCCUGCACCGCACAUACCCAGGGCCUGAGCCCAGGCUGUUAUGAUACCUACAAUGCAGACAUUGACUGCCAGUGGAUUGACAUCACAGAUGUGCAACCUGGAAACUAUAUCCUCAAGGUCAGUGUAAAUCCAUACUAUCAGGUCGAAGAAUCAGACUACAGCAACAACAUUGUGCGCUGUGAUGUUCGCUACACUGGCAACUACGCCUACCUGUCAGGUUGUCAUAUGUCAGCAUAUUAAGAAACAACAGUCAUUCACAGCAACUCAGUGGAGAUGUUCUGUAAAUCUGUAAAUGACAGUGAAGAGGACUGCAGACGAAAGGAUAUAAAACAACAUUAAAUGAGAUUUGUAAGACAGAUUUGUUUUAUGAUUUAGAACACUCUUAAUUGAGGGAACUAAGUAGGACUCAUCGGACUUGUAAUGCCAGGUAAUCUUGAAUUCUUCUUUGCUCCUUUCUGAACAGUAUUUUCUUGUCCCCACUUUUCUUUUUCUUGCUUGUAUUGCAUUGUACCACAUUCUUGCAUUUCAUACCACUUGUAAGAUAGUUAAAGAAUAAAAUCUAUUAAAUUUAGAAGUCUAAAGUAGCUAAGUACAGAUAUAAACAAGUUUGUGCUUAUUGAUAAGCCAAUAUCAAUGUAUAUCACGUUUAAAAUGAACUAGAUGUUUAAAACUAAAUGUAUUUGGUAAGGAAGAAACUCUCUUGACUCCAAAGCUUUUGAUGAAACUUGAAUAAAACU